UCUCACCCUCACGCCACUGCCUCUUCUCCACCAUGAAGAAGAAGGAAGAGGAGAUCCAAAAUAGUACCUUUAAGCCAAGAACCCUAAAACGUGUUUCAUAUCACGCCUAUCUGAAUCCAAUUCUUGUAUUUUUCUCACUCUCAUCAAUAUCGAUUGCCUAUUCUACCGUCAAGAAGCCACCCCCACUUCCUAUUUUGCCACUGCCUUCAGCUUCUCAGCUCCAAUGGCAACUCACAUCCAUGGCAGUCUUCCUUCAUUUUGGACCCAACACCUUUACAGACAGUGAAUGGGGUACUGGAAAAGCUGAUCCAUCUGUAUUUACCCCAACCCGCCUCAAUGCUACCCAGUGGGUUCAAGUGGCAAAAGACUCUGGCUUUAAUCGUCUGAUACUAACUGCAAAACAUCAUGAUGGUUUUUGUUUAUGGCCUAGUGAAUUUACAAAUUAUUCUGUAAAGUCAAGUUCUUGGAGGAAUGGAAAUGGGGAUGUUGUUAAAGAAUUCGCUUUGGCUGCGAAAGAUGCUGGUGUCAGUUUAGGGCUCUAUCUUUCACCGUGGGAUAGGCAUGAGGUGUCUUAUGGGAAGACUUUAGAGUAUAAUGAGUUCUAUAUGGGCCAAAUGACUGAGUUGUUGACCAGGUAUGGAGAGAUUAAGGAGGUAUUUUUAGAUGGUGCGAAAGGAGAAGGAGAGAAGGAUAUGGAGUAUCUUUUUGAUACUUGGUUUAGUCUCAUACAUCAACUACAACCUGGGGCUGUCAUAUUUUCUGAUGCUGGUCCUGACACAAGGUGGAUCGGGGAUGAGGCUGGCAUUGCUGGGUCUACAUGUUGGUCCCUUUUCAAUCGGAGUGCUGCCAGAAUUGGCGGCACUGAUCUAAGUUACUUAAACAUAGGAGACCCGGCGGGUCAUGAUUGGGUUCCUGGUGAAUGCGAUGUCUCCAUCAGACCUGGUUGGUUUUGGCAUGCAUCAGAAAGUCCAAAAUCUGCAAUGAGGCUUCUUGAUAUAUACUACAAAUCUGUUGGCAGAAACUGUUUGUUGCUGCUGAAUGUGCCACCAAACGCUUCAGGUCUUAUAUCGGCUGAAGACAUAGAAGUGCUUCAAGAAUUCGCAGAACUUCGGAGGUCUAUAUUUUCUUAUAAUCUAGGAAAGAAUGCCAUUCUUAGUGCCAGCAGUACAAGAGGAGGCGCUGUUGAUCCACAGUUUAAUCCCAAAAAUGUUCUUGAAGAAGGAAUCUACACUUACUGGGCCUCUGAGGAGAACCAGUCUAAUUGGGAGUUAUUCUUCGAUCUUCAGGAAAGAACAUCUUUCAAUGUUUUGCAAGUUCAAGAGCCAAUUCACAUGGGACAGCGGAUUAUUGCAUUCCAUUUUGAGAUUCUAAAAGAUGGGGACUGGAAGAAAGUGACUAAUGGCACCACAGUUGGAUAUAAGAGGUUAUUGCAAUUUCCGACUGUAGAAUCUCAGCACCUGAAAUUUGUUAUAGACAAAACCCGGGCAGACCCACUUGUUUCCUAUUUGGGAAUUUAUAUGGAUCAGUUUUCCAUUGUGAGUCACAAAUUUGAUAAUAGCUCAGAGACAUACUUCAAUGGCAGUCAAUUACUCAGGCAAACAGUGGAUACUCAUUCUGGGACUGCUAAAAUGUAAUUUGUGUAUAUUUUCAUUCUGUUGUGCAGCCAAUUGUUCAAUCUUCGAAUUCCUUGUUAAAGUACAUUAUAUUUUUAUGUUAAAUUUGAAUAAUUCAUUGUAGCUUA